AUGCAUGGUAUCAAAUUUGUUGCAGUAUGUGAACCCAAGGCAGGGAUUUCCCAAAUUGAGUCCAUUAGGCUACGGCUGUCAUUUGACACAGUCGAGGCCAACACAUCGGGCAACAUAUGGGUUUUCCAUAGUUCACCUUUUCUGUGCUCCAUGGAGAAGAGAGGAGAGCGGGCUUCUGGCAACAACGAGGGUCGAGAGCUAUUGUUCUUUAUGAAGGAGGCUGCGGUCUUUGAUGCGGGAUUCACGGGAUCAAAAUUCAAAUGGUGUAACAAUCGAAGGGGACAAGCAAGGAUUUGGAAAAGAUUGGAUAGACUAUUGAUUAAUGGAGAAUGUUCAACGUUGACAUCGUCCAUUACAGUAACUCCUCUGGCAAGGCACCCCUCAGAUCAUGCUCCAUUGAAGAUUUCAUUUGUGUCUCGUCUGGAUGCCAAGCCAUGCCCAUUCCGAUUUUUAAAUGAUGUUGCUAGAUCCCCAUUGCAAAUCUUAUGCACCAAACUAGUGGCAACUAGAGGAGCGAUACGAGAAUGGAACAAGAACUCCUUUGGGAAUGUGUUUGAGGCUGUAUGUAUGGCGGAGGAGGAAUUUUGGAGCCAAAAGGCUCGGGUGAAGUGGCUGCGGUACGGGGAUAGCAACUCAAAGUACUUUCAUGCAACGGUACAGCAGCGGAGGGUGCAAGGGGCGAUUCAUCGCGUGCGGAACAUGAACGGGGAUUGGGUUGAGAACGAUGAGGGAAUUGCAAAUGCAGCCAUCAGCUAUUUCUCAAAUUUGUUUUCAAAGUUGGAUAGCGCAGAUUCGGGGAUGCUGCAUCUUAUUCCAAGUCUUAUUACAAGGGAGGACAAUAUGGCCUUGGAGGAGUAUCCUUCGAUGGAGGAGGUAAAACGGGCAGUUUUCGGGAUGGAUGGGACAGCACAGCGGACCCAGAUGGGUUUACUGACAGGUUUUAUUAAGGGUCGAAGUAUCACGGAGAAUUUUCUACUUGUCCAAGAGAUUAUUAUGGGUAUUAGAAAAAAGGCUAGAGGGGGCAAUGUUGCGUUAAAAUUGGAUAUGUCAAAGGCUUAUGAUCGGGUUGGUAGGAUUUUUCUGGUUAAUGUCUUGCUAGAGGUUUGCGUCAAGGAGACUCCCCUUUCUCCUGCGCUGUUUAUAAUUGGGGCUGAGGUUCUGUCACGAGGCCUUAAUAGCCUUGUCACACAGCUUGGAUUUUGGGGGUUCAAAAUUCCAAGGGGAUGUGCGCAGGUUACUUAUCUAGCAUUUGUAGAUGAUGUGAUAAUUUUUGCCAAUGGUUCCUCCGAGGCUUUAAAGCUAAUUAUGCAUAUGUUAGCCAUAUAUCAAAGAGCUUCUGGGCAACUGAUUAAUACCCAGAAGUGUGGAUACCUCAUGUAUUUCUCCAUGCCACCAGCUCGCCGAAGGGUGGUGGAGUGUUUGACUGGCUUUUCGAGACAACACUUCCCGGUUAGGUAUCUAGGGUUUCCUUUGUACUUUGGCAGAAGCAAGUCCACGCAUUACGAGGAAGUGUGUCAAGCUAUACUAGGAAGAGUCCUCUCCUGGAAGUCGAAGUUCCUCUCCCCUGGGGGGAGGAUAGUCCUCAUUAAGCAUGUGCUGUCACCGAUCCCAAUACAUCUCUUGUCUGCCGCUGUGAUGCCAAUGUGA